UGACUUUUCAAGACAGCAUAUUGACUUUUCCUUUUACUACCUUUGGAAAUUUCACCUUAACUGUACACUUUCGCGAAACGUCAAUAUUCACUCCAUGGGCAAAAACGCGUUAAAAACAGGAAGUUUAGCUCAUGUUAAUGUUGAUGAGGAUGAGCCAAUAAGUAGUUCAGAGGAAUUGGUUUCAGAAGAAGAGUUUAAUGGAAUGGAAGAGAGUGAACCAGAAGCAACCUCAGAUGUGGAAGAGGAAUCCGCUAAAAACCAGAUAUCAGAAAUUCCGUUUGAUACGCUCUUGAACGCUCAAGAGAAAUUAAAGUUGGAACAGAAGAAAGCUCAAAGGAAAGAAUUGGCGCUGAAUAGAAAGAAAGAAGGGAAGACCGAUGAACAUGAAGGACAUCACCGUACCGAAAGAAAAAAGCAUGCGCCAAUGGAAGUAUCAAGCAAGAGACCGGUUUCUCGAUUUCGAGAGGUUGUUGAUGUUCCCAAGAAAUUUACAAGGGACCCUCGAUUUGAUUCUUUAUCCGGAAAUUUAAAUAAAGAGAAAGUAAAAAAGAACUAUUCAUUUGUCUUUGAAUACCGGAAAAAGGAAAUUGAGCAACUGCGCGAAGAGCUAAAGAAAUGCAAAGACUCUGAACGCGCAGAAGCUCUUAAAGCGACAUUAAAGUCUCUUCUGUCUAAAAUGGAAAGAAAUUUUGAAGAGGAGAGAGCAGAACGAGUUUUACGUGAGCAACGCGCCCACGAAAGAGACCAAGUUAAACAAGGAAAGAAGCCUUUCUAUAUGAAGAAGAGUGAUCAGAAGAAGUUGAUUCAAUUGGAUAAGUAUAAAUCUAUGGAGGGAACUAAGAAGUUGGAUCGUUAUCUAGAAAAGAAACUGCGAAAGCGCUCUCAGAAGGAGAAGAAGCGCCUGCCGCGUGCACGUUCGGCUCCAUCUUCAAGUUCUUAGACGACGAGCUUUUGAAGUUUCUUUAUUUUAUUAAUCUGGGUUAACAAGGGGUUUUGGAUUUUUUAAUUAUGAACGUUAGGGUAGUAGUUCUUAUCGUUGAAUACACAAGUUUUUUGCAUCUAAAAAUGAAAGCAACGAUCAAGGAAUUAUAUUUAAACAGAAUUAUAUAUUGCUAUUAUAUAAAAAAUCAAGACAAGGAAUUAAAAAGAAGGAAAGAACAUGAAAUCCGGAAUAAUAAUAAUGAUAAUAAAAAGACAUCAUUUAGACAUUAUCGUGCAAGUUUGCCAAUUAAUAUGAUUAAUAAAGCAAUAAUAAUAAGGACUAGAAUACACAUGAACCGCAGCCGUCCCGUAUUUCUUUGAUGACCUUCAGCUUUCGUUAGUUCUUUUUCAGCGGAUUUUGCAUGAACCUGUGUUUGCUCAACGUUAAAGUCGAUGCGAUCUACAAGAGCACCUUGCUCAAUUACCAAUCCUUGUAAAUCCUGGAACAUCUGAGCUAACUCAAGGAUACCUUCGGCGAUUUUGGCGAUUGCCCGUUCAUGCUGAACAGCCCGCUCGUCUUCACCUUGCUCUUCCAUAAGAGCAGCUUGUUGAAUUGUAGACUGCGAAAUUGCAACGUCAGACACGGUAUCCUCUAGUUUCGCAUCUGAAGAGGAGAAAUCAGAGUUCAAGCCUCGUAGUUCUAGCAAUGUUUAGUACUGACGUUUUUGAAGUUAUCACUUACUUUUUAGAUAGGUAGAUUGUUUCUUCCGGAACUGUGCACUUUCCGUUUGGAUACGAGAAGCCAGAUUUGCCAAAAGAUUUUGAGCAACCAAAGCUUCUGAACCCUGAAUGGUUUUCGUUUGACGUUUCGUUGUUUGUAAAAUCCGGUGACAUUUUUGGAAAUCACUCGUUAUGUCUAUGGUUAGGCGCUGAAUCUCAUUCUCUUGUUCCGUUUUAUCCGAAAAACUCGGAAGAACAUGCUUAGCAUAUUGCUUGUCUAGUGACUGAAUAUUUCUUUGAGUAUUCUGCAGCAGGAAAUUGAUGUCGCUUUCGACAGCAACCCAUUUGGGAGCUAGCAUGUCCAUUUCUAUUACAACAUUAUCGUCCACAUCCUUGUGAAUAAGGUUUUGUCGUUCUUCCUUUUGAUCCCACUUCGAAAACUCAAGCUUUUGACCAUGAUGAGCAUACGACUGUCGAAACGUUAUAUACAAUCCAGUUCGAUCUCGAUAAGCCAUGGUUGAUUGAUUUUGAUCCUCUCUUUAAAAUUAAAUAAUAAAUAAAUUCCAAGAAGCUUAAAACAAUCUGUAC